AUGGCGGAUCCCGGCGCACCGAGAGUGAAGCUCCCCGACGGUCGCGAGGUACCCCCCGCGACCGCGCGCGGCGGGACGCAGGUCCCCGACCACGUCCUUCGCGCGAUAUACGGCGAUUCCCUCCCAGCCCCCGAGCCGUCCACGCCCUCGCGCCCCCACGGCGACGAGGACGCGCAGCGUGCGGGCGAGCCCCAGCGGCUGAAGCUGAUGAGCAAGGCGGAGCGCUACGACGAGUCGCUCAAAACGUGGUGGAAGGAGUACGCGGACCGGAAGAACGACGAGGAGGAGGAGCACGUGUCGGACUCGCUCCUCUACGACUACACGCACCUGCCGAGGAUGACGCCCGCGCCCAACCUGACGGAGGACAGGCUGAAGCACGUCGAGCCGAUGCACGGGGACGGAAAGAAAUGA